GACGGGAAGCCCAUGCUGCGCCAGGGCGACACAGGAGACUGGAUUGGCACCUUCCUGGGUCACAAAGGCGCCGUGUGGGGCGCCACGCUCAACGCUGAUGCCACCAAGGCCGCCACGGCCGCCGCCGAUUUCACAGCCAAAGUGUGGGAUGCUGUGUCAGGCGAUGAACUGCUCACUUUGGCUCACAAACACAUUGUCAAAAGUGUGGAUUUUACACAGGAUAGCAAUUAUCUGUUAACAGGUGGACAAGAUAAACUGUUACGUAUCUAUGACUUGAGCAAGCCAGAAGCAGAACCUGAUGUUGUCAGUGGACAUACUUCUGGCAUUAAGAAGGCCUUAUGGAGCAGUGAUGACAAACAGAUUCUUUCAGCUGAUGAUAAAACUGUCCGCCUCUGGGACCGCAGUACCAUGACUGAAGUAAAGGCACUAAAUGUUGCAAUGUCAGUGAGCAGCAUGGAGUAUGUUCCAGAAGGGCAGAUACUUGUGAUAACCUACGGGAAGACUAUUGCUUUUCAUAGUGCAGAAACGUGAGUCCAAAACAGUUUUCACGGGUUGAGUAAUGGGCUGAGCUGUGGGUAAAAAACUGACUGUAUGGUUGCAGGUGGCGAGGAUUUUAAACUCUAUAAAUAUGACUAUAAUACAGGAGAAGAAUUAGAGUCUUACAAAGGACACUUUGGUCCAAUUCAUUGUGUGAGAUUUAGCCCUGAUGGAGAGUUAUAUGCAAGUGGCUCUGAGGAUGGCACACUAAGGCUGUGGCAGACAACAGUAGGGAAAACCUAUGGUCUGUGGAAGUGUGUAGUUCCUGAAGAGGAGAAUGCAGAAGCAGCAAAAGCAAGGACCACUCUUCCAGGAACUGCAGAGGAGGAAAUAGAAGAACUUCCCUCUGAAAACUCAGAUGCAGUGUACAGCUCAACUCCUGAAGUUAAGGCCUGAUGAUUGCAACUGUUACACAGCACGUGGACGUACAAGACUAAAUCAAGUGGACAGUGAUAACAGCAGCCUUCCAGAGUGCGCUCUCUACACGGGACAAAGAUGGGCAGUGAUUGAUGAGAAUGCUGUGGAACUGGCUAGGUGUUGUCUGUAAGGGAACCGAGUAUCCAAAAACAAACAAAAAGACAAGUAGCAGAGUUUUGCUGUCUCUUCAGCAUAACUGCCUAUUGUCUUUUCAAAGAAGUGUGCGAGCCAAGAUCCAGUCUCUCCAAUUUCAAUUAGACUUAUUGUAGUGUGUUUUCUUUAUUAUUGAGAAGAGAUACAAUGGCUUUUACCCGUUAUUUUUUUUUUUUGAAAGUUGGAAAAUUUGGCUUCAGUUGGAAAGAAGGGAUUAUGUACUUAGAGUAUUUGGUUUGGGUUUUGUUUCAUUGUACACUGCUUCUGAACAUCUAACUGUUUUCGGUUGUCUAAAUAAAAGGCCUCUCAAAACUCCU